GGACCAACCACUUCAAACAUGUUUCAUCUGCAGCCAUGACGUCAUCUGACGCGUUCAGGACGGACGUCUCGCGGCGCUCGCCUUCCGCUGCGGUGUCACCGGGUUCGGUCUCUGCGGCGGUUUGACCGGUCCCGCCGGUCCCGCCGGUCCGGUGCGAAGAGGAGGCGGCAGCUGCUGCCGCAGUUUGAUCCGGCGCACCAUGUCCUCUGGGAGUCUCGGGGAGCUGCCCAUGGAGCGCUGGAUGUCUCACCUGCCGUGCGCCCUGUGGGACACCCCCCUGUUCCACCUGGCCAUCCCAGGCAGCCACAAUGCAAUAACCUACUGUCUGGAUAUGAAUGACCGAUCCCCAGUGGACCUCACCCAGCCAGACCUGCUGCAGAAGCUGGACAAAUACAUGAAGCCUCUCAUUCGCCCCUUUGUGUACAAGUGGGCCGUAACGCAGGACUGCACCAUCAAGCAGCAGCUGGACUCGGGGGUCAGGUACUGCGACCUGAGGAUCGCACACAGGCCCAACGACAGCUCCACCGACCUGUGCUUCUACCACGGCGUUUACACCGCGCUCACUGUGGAGACGGUGCUGAUGGAGAUGAGAGAGUGGCUGGACGCUCAUCCUAACGAGGUGCUCAUCCUCUCCUUCAGCCACUUCCUGGGCCUGAGCCAGGAGCUGCACGUGCUGCUGCUCGCCACCAUACGCAAGGCCUUCACCUCCAAGCUCUGCCCCAAAACGGAGGAGCUGACUCUCCGGAACCUGUGGGCUUCGGGCUACAGCGUGAUCGUGUCCUACGAACACAACAUCUGCAGUUGUCACGGCGACCUGUGGCCCCACAUCCCUUACUGGUGGGCCAACAAGUGCAAAGCGGAGGCUCUCGUCGAGGAGUUCGAGCACAGGAAGCAGCACGGCCGACCCGGAGGUUUCUUCGUGACCGGCAUCAACCUGACGGAGGACCUGAAGUACAUCUGCACGCACCCCACCGAGUCCCUGAAGGACCUGGUGACGUCCACGUACCCGGCGCUGCUGAGCUGGGUCCGGGAGCAGACGCCCGGCCCGCGGGGCGACUCGCUCAACAUCAUCGCCGCGGACUUUGUCUCCGAGAGCCCGUUCGCUCGGACCGUCGUGGCGCUGAACGAGAAACUACUGGAUCCGUCCUCGUGA